UUGUAUUCUUGUGAACAAAAUCUCACACCUAAUGCAGAUAUUCUUAACGUAUGUUUUAAGCUUAAUUACCAAUCUGGAUUCGGUAACGAAUUUGCCAGCAACGAUCCGAGAUGUCCAGACGCCCUUCCUGUUGGAAGAAAUUCUCCACAGAAAUGUCCUUACGGUCUGUAUGCGGAGCAGUUGAGUGGGACUGCAUUUACUGCUCCACGUCUUAUGAACAAGAGGAGCUGGCUGUAUCGCAUUCGUCCUUCCGUAAUACAUGAGCCCUUUGAGAAAGUCUUGUUUGAGAACUGCACCAAUAAUUUUGCUGGGAUCGAACCAAGUCCUAAUCAAUAUAGGUGGCAUCCGUUUCCGUUUCCAAAGGUGAAGGGAGUGGAUUUCGUUCAGGUAAUUAUAAUUCGGUGUGUGUUUCAUGGUCUCUACACCAUAUGUGGUGGUGGAGAUGUGGUAUCACGUUCUGGUAUCGCUAUACAUCAAUAUGCUUGCAACUCAUCGAUGACUGGUAAGGCAUUUUACAAUGCUGAUGGCGAUUUCCUAAUCGUUCCACAAGAAGGUGAACUAAAAAUUACCACCGAAUUCGGACGUGUUCUCGUCGGUAUACAAGAGAUUGUCGUAAUUCCACAAGGUAUUCGCUUUUCGAUAGAUGUAAAUGGACCGUCACGUGGCUAUGUUCUUGAAGUGUACGGUACCCACUUCCAGCUUCCAGAUCUCGGCCCUAUAGGGGCGAAUGGAUUAGCCAAUCCACGUGAUUUCAAAACGCCGGUGGCAUGGUUUGAAGAUGUUGAUAUACCGUUUGAGAUUUUCAACAAGUACCAGGGAUCAUUUUUCGACCACUCACCGUUCGAUGUGGUUGCGUGGCAUGGUAAUUACGUGCCGUUCAAGUACGACUUGCGGAAUUUCAACGUCAUAAAUACAGUAUCGUUUGACCACUGUGUGAGUUUUCCAUGUUUACAAGAUCCGUCUAUCUUCACCGUUCUUACGGCUCCAUCGGUGAAAACUGGCACUGCUGUCGCGGAUUUCGUGAUUUUUCCUCCCAGAUGGGGUGUUGCUGAGGACACUUUCAGACCUCCAUACUAUCACAGAAAUUGUAUGUCGGAGUAUAUGGGAUUGAUUGUCGGCUCCUAUGAGGCUAAGGAAGGCGGGUUCCGACCAGGAGGUGGUUCGUUGCACUCAAUGAUGACUCCACACGGACCAGAUUUCUUCUGUUUCGAGAAAGCGUCUAAUGAGGAACUGAAGCCGCAACGAGUGGCAGAAGGAACCAUGUCGUUCAUGUUUGAAAGUUCUUUUAACAUGGUCAUUACGGAAAAAGCAAAACGUGAAAACGUUGACUAUGAAUACUACAAGGACUGGCAGAAACUGGAAAAGCACUUCAAACGUUUUGCGUGA